UUUAACCACUGAGUCUUAGAUUACUUUUAUGCUGCCUUUAUUUGCUUUAUGGAGCUUCAAAGGUCUGGUAAAUUAUUAAGAAAGUAAGUCAUAUUUGAAAGGUCCAUAUAACGCUUAUCAGUUCUGUUUUCAGAACUCAAAUGAGAAACUUUGUAUUUAUUUUUUUCCCCCGGUUACUUCAUAAAUGGAUAUUGCCGACUUUUCUCUAGUUUUUCUUUCUUUUACUUUCUAAUGACUUCUGCUUCUGAUUUUCUAGUUUAUGAGGUAUGAUGGCAUUCAUCUGUGGGCGGACCUAUCGGACUUCCCGUGUUGACGCUUUCGAUUGUAGCGCAAGCAACUGUUUUAGCUCUACCUAAACUGACAUUUGUGCUGGCUGACAGCGACCCGCGAACCACCGUGCAAAAUCGGCCUUGAGGCACUGAAGAACAGAGGCAAUAUGAGCGUCAGUUCAACGCGCAGCAGCGGAGAAGAAAUGGACGAGCUGGAGUCAGUCAGCUGGUAUCAUUAUGAUUUGUCCCGGCAUGCAGCUGAAGCUCUUCUCCUUUCAAAUGGGGUUGACGGAAAUUUUUUACUCAGAAACAGUAACCAAGGACCUGAGUGCUUUGCUCUGUCCGUCCGAGCAAAAGAUUCGGUCAAACACUUUAAUGUCCGGCGGCAGUUUGGAAGAUAUUCUUUUGGCUUCAACGAAUUCUCUUGUCUUCAGGAUUUUGCCAGUCACCUUGCCAAUCAGCCCCUGCUUGGCAGCGAGACAGGAAACCUGAUAGUGUUGAAGUUCCCAUACCCACGGCAAGUGGAGGAGCCAUCUAUAUAUGAGACUGUGUGUGUGCAUACGGCCAUGCAGACAGGGCGGCAUGAAAAUGACCUGGUGCCAAGUGCUCCAUCACUUGGAACUAAAGAGGGUUACCUGGUAAAACAAGGAGCCAUCAUCAAGAACUGGAAGCAGAGAUGGUUCACUCUGAAUAGACAUGAACUUAAAUAUUUCAAGGACAAAAUGUUUGUAGAGCCACUUCGAACCCUGGAUCUGACAGAGUGCUCUGCUGUCCAGUUUGAUUACAGCCAGGAGAGAGUUAAUUGCUUCUGUCUGGUGUUCCCUGAGAGAACGUUUUAUCUGUGUGCGAAAUCUGGUGCUGAGGCAGAUGAAUGGAUAAAGAUACUACGAUGGAAACUGUCACAGAUAAGGAAAGGUCGAUGAUGGUCAUCAUGGAGAAGACAAGUAUUAGAGCAAAUGAGAGCUGUUUGCACAUUUUUGUUUGUAAUUACAUAGGAUUCAUUGCCUGCAUCUGGAGCCCUGUAACUUGGUAUCAUGACUGAACUAAUCACAAACAAGAUAUCUUCAGGGCAGUGAGUCACACAUUAAAGAUUUUCCAUCUAGGACAAGCAAAGUGCCAAGGCAAACAUGCUUAAAUAAAAUAACACCUAGAGAUGGUACACUACCAACUUUAGAAUAAUUGAAAGUAGUUAUUGGUUUUUUCAUUUGUUCUGUGUAGUGUUCAGUUGUGAAAGCAAAACUGUACCUUCAGCAUUGAACUUAACAUGCCUUGAAACAGUGUGUGUGCAACCAAACAUAUGUGCAUAUUCUGUUUUAUAUAUUUCUGCUACUAUAGUGUCUAUAAAGUAUAAUGUAGUUUGUUUGCAGUAAGAGUUUUGGAUCAAAUAUGGUUUGUUUUUUUUACCCAGAAUAUAUCACUAAAAUAAAAGUUACAAAUGUGUAAAUUCUCUAAACCUACCAAAGGCUAUUUCUACUGUGAUGACUGACAAUGAAAAUGCUUGUGAUAUUCAGGAAUGUGUACACUAGUACUGGUCUUCCUAACACAGUUUCCCUUCUGUAAAAAUGUAUAAUGGAUGAUAAAUAAAAUAUAUUUUCGUAAACCAAA